CCCAAGACAAUGGCCAAGAACAAAUCAAAAGGGCAGAAGUCCAGGAAUGUAUUUCAUUUAGCCAGUCAAAAAAACUUCAAGGCCAAAAACAAAGCAAAACCAGUUACUACUAAUCUUCAAAAAAUAAACAUUAUGAAUGAUGAAAAAGUCAACAGAGUGAACAGAGCUUUUGUAAAUAUAUAGAAGGAACUUGCAAACUUUUCAAAAAGCCUUUCUCUUAAACCUGUGCAGAAAGAGCUGGUUCCUCAGCAGCAGCACCAUGAAAGUGAACCAGCUAAUGUUGAUGAAGCUACAAGGUUAAUGGCGCAGUUGUAA